UUGAUGCAAGCGCCGAUGAGGCUUACGCGAAAAAUUUUAAGAUAAUUUUAUUGUGUGGGGUCAUCUUGGCUACCGAUCCUCUAGCUUGGCGACUGAUACCAAUUCGGCUCAGAAAAAUCAGCCAAGGUCAUGGUUCCUUUCCACUCCUUUCAAAUUUUGAUUUACUCUACUACGUAAACUAAUUGUUGAUUUCGGUGGGAAGGAACUAGGGCCUCGAACUUUUUUUUUCCUCAAGCAAUUACAUGUAUCUCAAGUAGAGCGCGUAUACGCAAGUAUUUUCCUCAAAAUGGGUCUAAAUAAAAACGCUAUAAGAAUUACAAAUAAAAUCAAUCUAUGAAAGGUUCUGAGUUCUUAAAAACGAUAAUUUUUUACGAGCAAGAAGGUUUCAUUUGAAGAAACUUAUUACGCUUGCGAUUAGCAGCGUUAUAGAUGUUUUUUUUUUGCACUUAAAUAAUCAUUUUUGCUUGUGUUUUCGGAAGAAGCAAAAGCUGAACAAAUUUUUUUUGUUAGAAAUACCGGUAAUUGGCUGAACUGCCUUAUGAUACUACGAAAUUUGUAUUGUGUUUUGAAAAUAUAAGUUUUUUUGCGUCUUUGGAAAUCAAAAUUAUUUUAUGUUUGUUUGAGCUAAAGAAUUUUUUGGUGCGAAUUUUGUAACAGCAUUUAGCUUGAUAUAGAGAUCAAAAUAAUUAACUGGAGGUGGUAUUCGUCAACCUUCUCUUUUGGAAAGAAAAUUUUGUCUUGAUUUUCUGAUUUUUGCUUAGAGCCUGUUGUAUAUAUCUUUGAGUAUUGUUAAAGAAGUUUGUUUAAAUUAUUCACGCUGAAUGUUUGCCAGUUUCGCAACCUCUAUGAAACUUAAAGUUUACAGAGGUUGUAAUUGAAAUUGUUUUUUUUUCGAAAUGUUUUUGAUCCAGUCACCCUCAAGAUUGCGAAGGAACUUAGGCCUUAGAGUGGGGGUCUCUUUCCCAGUCUCAAAAACUACAAAAAAAGUUUUUUUUCAAAUAAGAGACGUUUUUCUGCUAGGUGUGAUAAAACUAUCUGACCUAGAUUUUAGGCAUAUUCGACAGUCUUAGUAAAGAAGGCAAAUUGGACAAAUUUGAUACCUGUUUUUCUCAAUACUGGGACAAAUUUUUGAAAAUUUUUAAUUUAUGAAUCACGACUGAAUUGGCUUUUAUAUGAUAUAUCACACAUUCCCAUGAUUAUUUGUACCUGAUUUUGCGUGGAAAACAAAAAAAAAGAAAAAACUAAAACACACGAAUACAAAGUUCCUCCCAGUUUCCAAGGGUCGGAACAAUAAGAACCGCUCAGGGUGUCGAUCAUGGUAUUAAGCAUUCAUGUUUUCUUGCUUGUGUUGCGUGGUGCAGCUUCGCCUCUUGGUCAGAAAUUAUAGUUCUAUUGUCAAGAAGAGCGGUAUUAACUUGUUCCAGACUAAUUAUUUCGACCAUGAAAUUGAUUUUUUGCGAUUUGUCUUUUGGUUUCUUUUCAAGUUCAACUCAAAUUCACUUGCUAAUUAUGCUCUCCUAUAAAAAGUGGAAAUGGCGCGAAAAAACUUGAACUAUUUUAGUGAAAAAGUGUCAAUCCAAAAAAGUCUAACCGGCGAUCUCUCUUUUUCUUCGAAAGAGGUUUAACAUGAUCUAAUUUCUUCGGCUUUCAUGAGUUUAUUGACACUGUUUCAUCUUUCUAUUGGCUAUUUUUUUGUUUUUAAACUUGGAUUGGUUAAACUGGCAAUCCGUGCUUCAAUUUUUCUCCUCUUUUGUAUCGCUUGUAUUACUUGUUAGGUCAAAUCUGGGAUUUUUUGUCUCCAUUUGAAAAAAUGGUUUUCAGCAUGUAUAAUUGUUUGUAUUUUUUUCAAUAUGUCAAUUUUGUGUCAUCGGAACCAUUUUCGAUGUUUUUUCUUCUAAUGCUCUUAUUUUCACGCGAUUUUUAAGACGAUUUUGGGCUUUUAAUGUUGUAGUGAGCUAUGUCCACCAAUUUUGCUGGGUUAUAUAUUUUGAACACAUUGAAAUAUGCAUCUUGAAUUAUUUCGUAAAAUAUCGCAGUUUUAGUUCAUAAUAUUUGAAAAUAGUUAUAUCUGGAUCAGAGAAGUUGAGCAGUCGUUAACUGAGGACACUCUUUAUCACCCGUGAAGUGACAAGAAGUCGGAAACUUAUUGGCGUCAGAUAAGCUAGAUCCAAACAUGUCAUGCUGUUGUGACACAAUGUGCAACUGUCACAUAUUACAAAUGUGCAAACUAAUUCAAAAACGGGCGAUAGACUGCGUUCUGGAGUCUUGUGAUAAUUUGUUAAAACAGAUGGCCGAAACAGCUAUAACUACUGGUUAUCACAGUAUUUAGCGAAGAUGACAACUUGACGUUUGGCAGAGUUUAAGUUCUGGCUGUCCAUCCCCAAUUCAUUUUCCUUUUUCAAUGCUUGAAGAAAGUUGGGAUAAUAGAAUGAAAAUUGAAAAGUUUUUGGUUGGUUGGGCGUUGCUUUUGGGCUCAGUUAGGGCGCAGUUUACAACUGAGGAUGAAGCCUGGUGUCUGUCUAAUCACAAUCUGUAUCGGGAAACAGUGGCCGGAUCUCCGGACCACUGGGGCAAUGAGAUGGCCAUUCCGUGUGACAUGAAGGAGCUGAAGUGGAGUGAGGACUUGACUGCUCUGGCCCAGAAGACGAUCGACUAUCACAUGGACAAAGAUGAUAUCAAUCACUACCAUGAUGAAGAGAAGUUCUCUGAAGUUGCGGCUGCCUUUGGCCACAGCACUUGGGACUUCGAGGUGGGCCAGAACAUGUGGUGGCACAGGAACUCCAGACGUAUCCCCUGUCACAAAAAAUGUCAGCUAGCAGUGGCCAGUUGGUACAGUGAGGUGAGGUACUACGACACGAACACGUACAAGAUAGCUGGUCCCUAUAGGAAUUCGCACAAGAGCUUCGAGGUCAUCACCCACUUCCAGCAACUCAUGUGGGCCAACACCAGUUAUGUCGGCUGCGCAUCUGGAUUUCAGCUGUGGCGAGAUGUAAGUAAGCCCAUGUGCAUAAUUGUAUGCAACUAUUGGCCGCCCGUGCAAUACGGAUCGUGGGUGAGAAAACCGAAGCCCUACAAGGACGGUCUCAAUGCAUGUUGCGAUCCAGGAUAUACCAACUUGAACGCAUCGACCACACUCCUAUGCACAGAAGAUGAAUAGAUCCAUGAUUUGACAUGAUUGGGCUUAUUUAAGGGUCACAAUGGUUUAAACUUAUCAGAGAAAAUUUAUGUAUGAAACACGAGGUUUCGGUUGUUUUAUUGCAUCUCUUUCUUAGAAAAAUCUAUUGAUUACCGCGA